AUGGAGGGCUACGGGCUCUUCCUGGCGCUGCUGGGCUCGGCGCUGCUGCUGGGCUUCCUCUCGGUCGUCUUCUGCCUGGUGUGGGUCCUCCACUACCGCGAAGGGCUGGCCUGGGACGGGGCGGCGGCCGAGUUCAACUGGCACCCGGUCCUCGUCCUCACGGGCUUCGUGUUCGUGCAAGGCAUCGCCAUUAUUGUGUACCGGUUACCAUGGACCUGGAAAUGCAGCAAAGUUCUGAUGAAAUUAAUCCAUGCUGGGUUAAAUACCAUAGCUCUGAUAUUUGCAAUUAUUUCACUGGUGGCUGUUUUUGAUUUCCAUAACACCGCGAAGAUACCUAACAUGUACAGUCUGCACAGCUGGAUUGGGCUGAUUGCCGUCAUUCUGUAUUCUCUACAGCUUGUUCUAGGUUUUGUAAUCUUCCUGCUUCCCUUUGCCCCCAUUUAUCUUCGGACAAUGCUGAUGCCGAUCCAUGUUUAUUCUGGCCUCCUCAUCUUUGGAACUGUGAUCGCAACUGUACUAAUGGGAAUUACAGAAAAACUUAUUUUUUCCUUGAAAAAAAUUCCCUACAAAGAUUCUCCAGAAGAAGCUAUGUUUGUCAAUACUCUUGGCCUUCUGGUUGUGGUCUUUGGUGGUAUUAUUUUAUGGAUGGCAACAAGACCCCACUGGAAGCGUCCACUUGAAGAGAGUUCAAAACUCCAACAAAAAAUUGGAGGAAAGCAUGAGGGUACCGAAGAGAGGCCAACUAAGACGGACUGCAAGGAUACAGAGAAUUCUGAUGUGGAGCUCAACAGUGAGGCCAGAAAACGAAAUCUCAACCUUGAUGACUCUGGACAAAGAUCAACCAUGUAA